UAUAAAUCAUGCGUACGUAAAUGUGUGGAUUGAAUUGGUUUUUACUUGGAACGUAGUACUGUCUAAAGCUUUAUAGAACAAGAAUAAUGACAGUGACAGUUAAUAUAACACAAAUGUUUAUUGCCUUACUAAUCGUUGUCUUACUUGUAAGUUAUUUCUUUUGGGGAAGGCGGCCAAUGAAGGUUAAUAACAAGCAUGUAGUUGUGACUGGUGGGUCCAGUGGCAUAGGAAAAUGUGUUGCCAUUACUGCUGCCAGGAAUGGAGCACAUGUGACAAUAAUUGCAAGAGAUGUACAAAAAUUAGAGGUUGCAAAAAACGAAAUUAUUCGUGCAUGCAAGAACAAAGAUACACAGAAAGUUGAAUAUUUGUCUUUAGAUAUUAGUCAAGAUUAUAAUGCAGUGGAAAAAGCAUUAAGUGAUUUAGAAAAAACUAUGGGCCCAAUAUAUAUGUUGGUGAAUUGUGCUGGAACUGCAAUUUGUGGCAAAAUUGAAGAUACCUCAGUGGCAGACUUAAAGAAAAUGAUCGAUAUUAAUUUUAUGGGAUCGUAUUAUUGUAUAAAAGCUGUUGUUCAAAAAAUGAAAAGUUCUCAAGAAGGAAUUAUCGUAUUAACUUCUUCUCAAGCUGCUCUAUUAGGUAUAUUUGGUUACUCAGCAUACUGUAGUACAAAGUUUGCUCUUCGUGGGUUGGCAGAAAGCAUAUCUAUGGAACUUGCACCAUAUAACAUUUCUGUGACCCUUAGUCUACCUCCAGAUACCGAUACUCCUGGUUUUGCAACAGAAGGAUUGUCUAAACCUUUGGAAACGAAACUUAUAUCUGAAACUAGUGCAUUAGUCAGUCCAGAAGUAGUUGCAAACAAACUUUUUAAGGAUGCAUUGGCUGGGAAAUUCUUCUCUACCGUCGGUACGGAAGGAUUCAUGCUAACUGUUCUAUGCUGCGGGAUGUCGCCGUUCAGUUCGAUCAAGGAAUUGCUUGUGCAGUCGAUGCUAAUGGGUGUUUUCCGCCUCGUCAGUGCCUGCUACCUCGUACAUUUCCAAAAAAUCAUUCGCAAUUGUAUGAAGACCCGGGAUAGAAACAAAAAAUCCGAAUAAUCACUUCUACGAGUC